UUUCACUCUCUGCCUCUCUAUUUCGCUUCGAGACUGUUCUUGAGAGAGAAAGAGAGGGGAAAAAGAAAACAGCUCUAGAGAGAGAAACUGCAAAAUUACAGAGAUAGAGCAAUGUCUGGAGGUAUCGCGCGUGGUCGUCUUACUGAGGAGCGAAAGGCUUGGCGCAAAAAUCAUCCCCAUGGUUUUGUAGCGAAGCCGGAGACUCUGCCUGAUGGGACGGUGAAUUUGAUGGUGUGGCAUUGCACUAUCCCUGGGAAACCUGGUACUGACUGGGAGGGUGGUUACUUUCCGCUUACACUCCACUUUAGUGAGGACUAUCCUAGCAAGCCUCCCAAGUGUAAAUUUCCUCAAGGUUUCUUCCAUCCUAAUGUCUACCCUUCUGGAACUGUUUGCCUGUCAAUCCUUAAUGAGGAUAGUGGGUGGAGACCAGCCAUUACUGUGAAGCAAAUUCUGGUGGGUAUCCAGGACCUGCUGGACCAACCGAAUCCUGCUGAUCCUGCGCAAACUGAAGGUUAUCAUCUCUUUAUCCAGGAUGCUGUGGAGUACAAGAAAAGGGUACGCCAGCAAGCUAAGCAAUACCCUCCGCUUGUCUAAUGUGAAAACUUCUAUAUCUAGGAACUGCUGGUUCUUGGUAACCGUUAGUUGCCCUGCAAAUGUGUAAUGAUAAACUAGCUUUGGCACUUGGUUGUUGUCAGUGGCUUUUUAUGUGUGACUUCAUGGUUAAACUGGCAUUUUAUAGCUCUACAGAUUUGGUUAACCUUUGUUGAUAUGUUACAAUAUACCAGUCAUUGGUGUUUAUACCAGUUAAAAUCUAACAUUGAACUUUUUAAAUUA